CAGGUGUGAGCGGGACGUCGUCCUCAGCGGUUGUCUGUCACAUCCGUCAGAGAGGACAACUCUUCAGUUUCUGCAGGUGAGACUUCCCCCACGCUGCGUUGUCCCAGCAGGCAGACAUGGCAGACGGUCGGCAUCCCAAGGACCACUGGACCUCCAAUGGCAGGGAGAAUGGUGAGAAUGGCUACUCGUCCUAUGGCUCCGCCUACCGGGAGAACGGGUACCAGGGUGAGGCAGCUGCGCACCCUGGAACAGCAGUGGAUGACUCCGCAAAUUUGCCUCCCUCCCCUCCCCCUUCUCCGUCUGCUGAGCAGAUCCAGCCCAUGGCACAAGAAGAGAGAGUAGAGGUUGUCAGUGCUCGCUCUGCAGAGGAGGAGGAGGAGGAUGAUGAGAAGGUGGUGGUGGAGGAGGAGGAGGAGGCUCCAGAGGAGCUUCAGCAUUAUGGGAAGGAGGUGACAGAUGAGCAGCCAGGAGUCUUAGGACAGGCAGAUUUUAUAACACAGCCUCAGGAUUUGGCCCGUGAGCCUGAACUCCUCAAUGGAGGAAGUCACCGAGCUGAACAAGACAGCACGCCGCAGGAAGAAGCUAUGGAGAGCCGUCAGCCCCUCAGCGUGGCUCACCAGUCCAGGGAGAGGACCACUGAGAGAGCCUAUCGCAGCCCAGAGAAGAGGUCCUCUCUGCCCAGGCCGGCCAAAUCUCUGACGCGCCACCUCCCUGCUGCCGAACAAGACGACAACAGUACCCCCUGCAGGCCAACCUGUGCAGACUCAGCCCGCUCUCGGUCAGCCCGUAGCGGCGCCUCCACCCCGGGCUCCACCGCCGUCACCCCUGGCACGCCACCCAGCUACUCCUGCCGCACACCCGGCUCGCGCACGCCCGGCAGCCACACACCCAAGUCCUUCAGCAUCCUGCAGGAGAAGAAGAUCGCUGUCAUCCGCACGCCGCCCAAGUCACCGUCGUCCGCCCAGAGGCAGCUGAAAGUCAUCAACCAGCCCCUGCCUGACAUCAAGAAUGUCAAGUCCAAGAUCGGCUCCACCGCCAACCUUAAACAUCAGCCCAAAGGCGGACAGGUCUUCAUCCCCAGUGUUAAACUGGACUAUAGCCACGUGCAGGCUAAAUGUGGCUCCCUGGACAAAAUCCAGCAUCACGCAGGAGGGGGAAACCAGGUCCAGAUCCAGUCGAAGAAGAUUGACUUGAGCCAUGUCACCGCCAAAUGUGGAUCCAUGUCCAACAUUCACCACAGACCAGGUGGCGGCAACGUGCGCAUAGAAAACGUGAAGCUGGGCUUCAAAGACAAAGCCCAGGCCAAGGUGGGCUCCCUGGACAACGCCAGCCACAUGCCCGGAGGAGGGAACAUCAUGAUCGAGAGCCACAAGUUGAUGUUUCGGGAGACCGCCAAGGCUCGAGUGGACCAUGGCGCCGAAAUCAUUGUCACCCACUCGCCAGGUGAACCGGGAGGCACAUCCCCCCGCCUGUCCUCUGCCGGCAGCAUCAACCUGCUGGAGUCCCCCCAGCUCUCCACGCUGGCCCAGGAUGUCACCGCCGCCCUGGCCAAACAGGGCUUAUAAGCUCUUAUUACACACACACCCUCCCCCCCCCCACUGCAAUACCCUACCAUUCAGCUAAAACACACACACACACACCCUAACUCUCUUCUUCUGUCAUUCUUCUUCACCCAUGCACCAAGCAUCCUGCUUAACCUUAAAACCCACUUCCUGUUUCCCUGAUAAGCCCCGCCCACCCCCAAAGCUGUAGUUGGUUGACUGUCCUGUCUAUCAACACCCCCCCAACCCACCUCAAAAAAAAUCACAUUAAAAAAAAACACCAAAAAACAUAUUUAAGAUACACAUCCGCUAGAAGGAUUUUAAAGACUGAAUUCUCAGAUAUCUCUUUCAAGCCCUUAGAAUGGAUAUGCUUACUUCCUGCGGUUCUUUUCUUAUUCGUUUGUGUUCGCUCAGCUUCAGACUCUUGUGUUGCGGUGAUAGUAGGCCACACAGCCAGAUUCACUUACUAGUCUUUGUCCAUUUCACAACUCGUACAGUGAUUCUCACCAGAAAACCCUCAGCGCUUUCCCGCCUCAUCCAGAAAAAAGAAAAAAGAAAAAAAAACAGAAACGGAGCCUGCGUCCAGCUCACACCAUGUCUGGUAUUAGGCUUAGAAACGUAGUUACCGUAGAAACUAGACGCCGUCGUCCUGACACACGUGUGUGCGCGCAGAGACGUGACCUGCAGAGACGUGGCGCGCAGCCGUCCUGGUCAGAAGGGCCGCCGGCGUAGUGAGCAUGUCUGCUGAGAUGUGAUGUGUUGCAGCCGAACCACGUGUGUUUAGGGGUUGAGUUGAUGUUGUUCUCCUUGGGUUGCUUCCGGGCCCGGUUGAAAUGAAGAGUCGAACCGCUAAGCAGCGAGCUUUUCAGUCGGCCGUUUUCAUCACCAACAGCGCACCGCUCUUACUGUUGGGUCAUUCGGACCUUGGUUCUGCAGUAGUUCCCUCAUGUGAUGCAUCGAUGCUGUUACGCUGGCAUGGCAAAACAACACAAAACCCCAAAAAAGACAGAAAAUAGAUAAACUUGAUCUACACAAUGCUAUCUCAAACUACACUGUAGCUGAGCGCUGUCGUGGGUCUGAGUGAAAGUGGCUAUAGGGUGCGUUUCAGUGUCUCUGUCCCAGCGUGUAGUCGACCCCUCUCGCUUCAGUCGACCCCUCUCGCUUCAGUCGACCCCUCUCGCUUCAGUCGACCCCUCGCCCCCCCUGUUUAUAGACCGGAUUGUAAGAUGGCGUCGAAUGAGUGAACGCCUCGCCGCCCCCUCUCCCCCCCCCCCCCCCCGUGUAAACCAAGCGGAAAGUCUCGAGCUUCGUAUGAAAACAUUCCAUUUAAAAAGAGCAGCUAGCAGAAAUGACGGGCCCUCGAGGAACGCCGCUCCAAUCGCCACCUGUUAAUGACCCUUGACCUUUUGAACUCUGAAGGUAAAAGAAACCGGAAAUGACGGUCACAAAAAACAAAUGGAAGUAAUUCCCAGAAUGCAACUGUUAGAAUUCAAAACUAAGAAGGAAGAGAAACCUGUUGUAGCAUAUUCUCUCAUCAUCAUUGUGAACUCAGUCUGACCCCCUUCGAUGUUGGUUAACCCCGCCAGUGUGUUUCUGCCCUGCUCGCUCCCCUCUCCCCCGCUCCCCCUGUCUCUCUCUCCCUUUCUCCCUCUCUACUCUCUCUCUCUCUCUCCCCCUCUGUCUCUCUCCACUCUCUCCGCUCUCUCUCUCCCCACACUCUCUUUCCAUACCCUCUCUCUCUCUCUCUCUCUUGCCACACCCUCCCUCUCCCUCUCCAUUCUCUCUCCCCCCACAUCCUCUCUCUGUCCAUACCCUCUCUCUCUCCCUUUUUCCCUCUCCCUCCCUCUCCACUCUCUCUCGCUCCACACCCUCUCUCUCUCCCCCUCUGUCGCUCUCGCCUCCCUCCCUCCCUCCCUCCCUCUUUCUUUCGCCUCUCUCCCCCCUGCACAGCCCCUUAGCCUGUGUACUGUGAGUGUAUUUAAGAGACUGUGUAGAUGUGUGCACACUGUCCGAUGUUUGAGACAUACUGAUGACAAAAUGCUUCUACAGGACAAUGACGAUGAAAAUAAAGGAAAAAAUAAAACAAA